UGGGCUCUGGGGAGAGCUCGGGUUCGGCAGCGGCAGAGAGCCACGCCCAGCCCGCCGCCGGUGGCCCGCCAGCGAGCGGACGCACCAGGAACCCGGCUGGCGGCGCACACGGGCCGGAGUCUCCACGUGCCCGCGCCGGAGUUUCCGCGUCCUCGGGGCGGGGCCGGAAGAGGAAGUCGUCGCGGCAGUGGCGGCCGCACCAACAGCUGCGGCCACAGGCAAGCCCAGCCGCGCGCCCCAGCCCGGCCGGCCACUGAGGGCAGCGCCGCGGCGGGACCCCGAGUCGGCCAGCACGUAGUAGCGCGGCGCCACCGAGCGCCCUCCAGCCCGAUGGGGCCGCAGCGGCCACUGCCCGCCGCCGCCGCCGCAGCUGCCCUGCUCUGGGGCUUCCUGCUCCCGCUGACAGCUGCUCAGGAAGCAAUCCUGCAUGCGUCUGGAAAUGGCACACCUUUACCAUCUAAGGACUACUGCAUGCUGUAUAAUCCUCACUGGACAGCUCUUCCACAUACCCUAGAAAAUGCAAGUUCCAUUAGUUUGAUGAAUCUGACUGCUACGCCACUGUGCAACCUUUCUGAUAUUCCUCCUAGUGGAAUAAAGAACAAGGCAGUUGUGGUACAGUGGGGAAACUGCCAUUUUCUUGAAAAAGCCAGAAUUGCACAAACAGGAGGUGCUGAAGCAUUGUUGGUUGCCAAUAACAGUGUCCUCUUUCCUCCGUCAGGGAACAAAUCUGAAUUUCAUGAUGUGAAAAUACUGAUUACAUUUAUAAACCACAAAGACUUUAAGGAUAUGAAGCAGACACUUGGAGAUAACAUUACUGUGAAAAUGUAUAGUCCAUCAUGGCCUAACUUUGACUAUACUAUGGUGGUUAUUUUUGUAAUUGCUGUGUUCACGGUGGCAUUAGGAGGAUACUGGAGUGGACUAAUUGAAUUGGAAAACAUGAAGGCAGUGACAAAUGCCGAAGAUAGAGAAAUGAGGAGAAAGAAGGAAGAAUAUUUAACUUUCAGUCCUCUAACAGUUGUAAUAUUUGUGGUCAUCUGCUGUGUUAUGAUGGUCUUACUUUAUUUCUUCUACAAAUGGUUGGUUUAUGUUAUGAUAACAAUUUUCUGCAUUGCAUCAGCAAUGAGCCUGUACAACUGUCUCGCUGCACUAAUUCAUAAGAUACCUUGUGGACAAUGCACGAUUGUGUGUCGUGGCAAAAGCAUUGAAGUGAGGCAUAUUUUUCUCUCUGGACUAUGCAUAGCAAUAGCUGUUGUUUGGGCCGUAUAUCGGAAUGAAGAUAGGUGGGCUUGGAUUUUACAGGAUGUCUUGGGGAUUGCUUUCUGUCUGAAUUUAAUUAAAACACUGAAGUUACCCAACUUUAAGUCAUGUGUGAUACUUCUAGGUCUUCUGCUCCUCUAUGAUGUAUUUUUUGUUUUCCUAACACCAUUCAUCACAAAGAAUGGCGAGAGCAUCAUGGUUGAACUUGCAGCUGGACCUUUUGGAAAUAAUGAAAAGUUACCAGUAGUCAUCAGAGUACCAAAGCUGGCCUAUUUCUCAGUAAUGAGUGUUUGCCUCAUGCCAGUUUCAGUAUUGGGUUUUGGAGACAUUAUUGUACCAGGCUUAUUGAUUGCAUAUUGUAGAAGAUUUGAUGUUCAGACUGGUUCUUCUUCUAUAUACUAUGUUUCCUCCACAAUUGCCUAUGCUAUUGGCAUGAUACUUACAUUUGUUGUUCUGGUGCUGAUGAAAAAGGGGCAACCUGCUCUCCUCUAUUUAGUACCUUGCACGCUUAUUACUGCCUCCAUUGUUGCAUGGAGGCGUAAGGAAAUGAAAAAGUUCUGGAAGGGCAAUGGCUAUCAGAUGAUGGACCAUCUGGACUAUGCUACAAAUGAAGAAAGCCCUGUGACUGCUAGUGAACAGAUUGCCCAACAGUAAUAUUAUGUGGACCUGCAAUAAUGUGUCAGUUGAUUUUCCUACAAAUAGAGUUCAACUUUUUAAACUGACUUUUGAAUUGACAGUCUGAAAGAAACUUCAGUGAUAUGAUGGCAGAUAUAUAUAUUUUUAAGAGCUGGUACUGACAAUUACAGCAUAAAUAGUUGAAAUACAUUUGCUUUUAACUAUGUUAAAGUUGUGCCUUCACAUUAAAUAAAAGCAUAUAGUCUGUGUAAUUUUCAAGAUGUAUUAUAUACAGUAUAUUUUUCUAAAAAAGAUCUUGACCCACCCUGUACUUUUCUUACUGAAAUCUGUUUCUUUCAAUUCUAAUGAUAGAUAAAAGUAUUUCUGUCAAAGUGAGUUUCAACAGAUUUUACUGUAAAGAAUUAUGCAAAUUUUAUGCUGUAUAGAAGUAACUGUUUAAGACCGUGCAAGAAGGCAGUUCCAACAAUGAAAUUAUGCACACUUUAUCACCGCAGAAGUUAGAAAUAUAUAACUUGGGGAUAUAUAUAGAUACAUAUUUUUGUAGCAUAAGUUUUUAAAAAUCUGCCUUUUUGAAACUUGAGAAGCUAGAUUACUAGACUGCAUAUGUAUUAUAUUAAAAUAUUUUUCAAGGUAUAGAGAAACAUAAUAUAUAGAACUAGUCAUUAAGAGCACACAGAAACUGAAAUCCAGUUUUCAGUGGUCUGCUGUUUCCUUGAAGACAUAACUUAAAUUUCCACACUAACAUUCAAUUUCACUAUGGUAUUUCUGAUCUCUGUUUGGUUCUGUUGAUGUUAGGCUUGGUAGUUUGUACAAGUUACUUAACAAAUUAUGUAUUAAUACAUAUGGUUUGUUGUUUGAGUGAAACAUCCCUGAACCCCCAACACCACUUUUUUUCCCCUGAUUCCCACUCCUUUCCCCAUAGGAAACCACAGUUAACCUUUUAAUACUUUGGUAGUGGAUGGCUUACUAAUAUAUAAAGUGGAAAC